AUGUCUUCAUCACUUUUCAUUUACAUUCCCAUUGAUGGUGCUAUUAUGGAUGAUAACACACCAACAACUCCUAUUGUGGUCAACCCCAUAAAUGUUGCAGUAUAUGAAGAUAUUCUUUUCAAACAUCGAAACAGUGGAUUGGAGGCUUUUAUUCAAGUCUUGAAAAGCCUUCCUCUAAGAUAUGCUAUCGUUGAUACUGCUGGCUUGCUCCUACCUAAUCACAUCUAUAUCAAACGUGAUAUUACUGCCAUUAAAGAAGCUAUUCUUCCAUCUACCUCUACUAGGACAUCAUCAAGUAAUCUACCACCUCCUUCUCAUCCACCAUCUAAUGAUCCAGAGCCACUAAAGGAUGACAAUAAUCCUCCUACAAUGGAUGCUCAGGGGGAGAAACAUGUCUACAACGACAUUAAUUCAGAUGAUGAUCUGCCUCUGUCUAAAAAGCACGAGUCUGCAGCCUCAUCCUCUGACACUGUUAAACGCAGAAAAGGUCCCAAGGUCCUAAAUCUUUCUAAAGUCUUUACUGAAUGGGGAAUGUAUAUAAAAGAUGCCAGAGAUCUUGCUCUUGAGCAUAAUGCUGCUACUCGAGAAGCCAUUCGUCUUAGGAAGACUUAUUCCUUAUUAGCUCCAAAAGCUGCUCUUGUUAAAGCUUCAAUGUCAGAUCCCACUACCAUAAUUCAACUUUUUAAUACUAAAGUUGCCAAGGAAAGAAUAACGCUAGAGCAAUUUAGCCAAGGUUUCUUCCUAAAGUAAUGUCUCAUGUGAUACAAUGGUCCAUAAAGUUGUUGGACUUGGUUGGGGAAGCUAUGAGGUGAGUAGUGGAUUUUUGAAAAAGAAAACGCAGCACCUACUUCAGAAUUUUUUAAAAUUAGAUUGAUAUAGAGAAGUUGAGAUUUUCUUGAUGGUGACGAGUGAUUUGAAUUGUUGUUAUCACAUGAUGUAUUUUUUUAAAGAAGUUC